AUGGAGUCAGACGGCCGAACGAAGGCCUACAAAUUUGUAGCCUACGCUGCUGUCUCUUUCUCAAUUGUCGCAGUACUGUCCGUAGUACUCACACUGCCUAUGGUCUAUAAUUAUGUAAACCAUGUACGACGACAAAUGCAACAUGAAAUUUCCUUUUGUAAAGGAUCUGCUAAGGACAUUUUCGCUGAAGUCAACUUCAUGAAAGCUCAUACUGGCCCAUCAGCUCCAAGAAAUCGUACUGCCCGUCAAUCAGGUUACAGCUCCCCUGAAGUUAAUCCUGCACCAAAUCUCCAAUGUGAAGGUUGCUGCUUACCCGGUCCGCCUGGACCGGCAGGGGUACCCGGAAAGCCUGGAAAGCCUGGACGCCCGGGAGCGCCUGGUACUCCUGGAAUACCUGGUAAGCCACCCACUGCACCAUGUGAACCCACCACACCACCACCAUGCAAACCUUGCCCACAGGGCCCACCCGGGCCACCUGGACCUCCUGGACCACCCGGAGAUCCAGGAGAGGCUGGAACCCCUGGACGUCCUGGAAACGAUGCACCCAACGGACAGCCCGGACCUCGCGGACCACCUGGACCCGCAGGAGAGCCAGGACAGCCAGGACCUCAAGGAGAUCCUGGAGUACCAGCGCAGAGUGAACCGCUCACUCCUGGAGCACCCGGAGAGCCUGGGGACCCAGGACCAGCCGGACCUCCCGGUCCCCCCGGAGCACCUGGAAAUGAUGGAGCACCUGGACCAGCGGGACCCAAAGGAGCGCCAGGACCUGAUGGACCUCCUGGAGUGGAUGGGCAGGCAGGGCCUCCUGGACCUCCUGGACCUCCCGGUAUCGCCGGAGAGAAGGGUAUUUGUCCCAAAUACUGCGCCAUCGACGGUGGAGUGUUCUUCGAAGAUGGAACUCGUCGCUAG